GCGCAUUUGCCGAGGCCGCGCCCACGGGCGCCGAGGUGGACGAGUUCCUGGCGGCGGUCGACGUCUUCCUGGUGACUGACCGCACCGGCGCCCCCGUGCUGGAGCAGGAGAAGGGCAGGGAGGGGCUGGUCGGGCGGGCCUACUUCGACAGGCAGGGCGGCGACGCCGCGCUCGGGAGGCUGAGCCAGCAGGACCUGGGGCUCGGCCCGCUGGAGGUGCGACAAAUCAGGCUCAACGAGGUGUAUUUGCCGCUGAUCGUUCAGGGCGAUCCGAAGCAGCUCGGGGGCGAGAUCCGGCUGCAGCCCCUCGAGCGUGAGGUGCGCAACGUCCGGCAGAUCCUCGCCGUGCAGGGCGGCUCGUGGCAGGAGCCGCCCGACGCCGUGCCGCUGUUC